UUCAAAACACGUGUGAGAGUUUAUGUAUGUUGGUAGACCUUGUGCCUCACCCUCCACUAAAUAUAAACGUAAUGGAGAAGAAACGUGCUAAAAAAGAUUCAGGAGAGUCGGAAACACAGCAAAAGAAAAUGAAAAUGAUGACACUGAAUGAUAAUGAUACUGAGUUUAAUGGGACUGUUUUUAAAUCCAUGCUGAAAGAUCCAACCAAGGCUUUGAAAGGUUUGGGAAAGUUUGUGUCAGUAGCGAAGAAACUGCCAAGUGCGGACCUCUACGAUGUUGUUGAGGGUUAUAUUAAGAUAUCCAUGGAGUGCGCUGAGAUUUUCAGUUUACUCGAGGGAGAAAAACAUCACGAGAGAGAAUUGUUGCUGAUCUUCCAGAGCUUAGAAGUGAUCUUACUGCGGACCGCAAGCGACCUUUCUCAUUUCAGCGUGGUGGGAAUCACGGUCGUGAAGAAAAUGGUCACCAACCACAUGAAGCUACUUCAGUCGUCACUUAAUUCUGAAAACCAUAGGUUCGUUCGCCAGUGUCUUGGCCUCCUGUCCUCUAUGGUGUCCCAGGGAUCUGACUUGACCAGAGAGGUUUUCAGCCACUUUCACUUUAACAAGAGCUUAUCUAAACUGGCCCGCAGACGCGAUAAGAAGGGACAACCCGAUGUUCGCAUGGCCUACAUACAGUUUGCUCUGUCUUUUCUGGUAUCAGGCGAUGGCUCCACCAUCGGAUAUGUUCUUGAGAUGCAAGAUUUUCUGACUGACAUUUUAAGCACUGGGCUGAAGGAAGACAGGAUCUCCAUUAUCAACCUAAUUUUAUCUACGCUACAGACCAGAGUCAUUUGGAAUAAAGCCAUCAGCAAAACACAGAAAGUCCGCUUCUUCAGUCCUGCUGUUCUGGCUCAGAUCGCAUCUCUCUACAAAUGGGAUGGGAUUGCAGAUGUAAGACUGGAGGACAGCAAGGUGGGUGAGAAUCCCGAAGAGGAUGGAAAGAUGGUGGUGCGAGAGCUGGUCCAUAAAUUCCUGAUCGACCUCUGCUGCUCUCGGAAACAUGGGAUCAGCUUCUAUGACGCCAGCUUGGGGACAGCAGGGAGGGUGGGGAAUGUGGUCCUUCUGCAGUUCCUGGUGGGACUGAAGCAGGCCACCGAGGAUGAGCUGGUGAGGGACUUAGUGGUCAGCAUUCUCAGGGACAACCCCGACCUGCUCUCGAGGUACUUCAAGGAAACCCAGUACUCUUAUACCCCUCGGCUCCGGAGCACCUGGCAGGAGAACGUCACUCUCCUAAAGAAGAUCUAUGAGGCCCAGCCAGAGGUGUCCCAGGCCUUCCGAACCCGUGAGUUUGUCCCGCUGCCCCGUCUGCUCGCCAUGGUGAUGGUCACGUCACUGCCGCCUGUCUGCAACAAGGCCUUCUUCACCCAGGCCCUUAAUAUGGCCAACACAGUGGUGAAGCACACGGCUCUCUCGCUGUUGUCCUUCAUCUUGAGGCGUGCCCAGAAGAACAUUGAGCACUGUCUUGACCGAGCUGUGUGGCAAAGAUCGGAACUGUACACGCCAGCCAUGAUGGAGGACUUUGUGCAGCAGUAUAGGGAGGCCUUGAGCAAGGUCUUACCGGAUGUCAACAGCAUCAUUUCUAACUGGCAGUCCUUGGCUAAGAAGGAGAAGGGUGAAGAUGUGGUGAAAAGCGGAAGUCAAGAUAAGAGUAAGGAAGAGCCAGCUCUGGAGCUUCUCAAACACGGCUUCGACGACCCGGAGGCCACGGUUCUGAAGGCACUCAUCCUGCGCGUCCUGUGCCUGUACCAGAAGGUGGUCCCCUUCCUCAUCAGCCAGAGCUCCUUUGACUUCAGCAAGCUCUUGAAAGGCAUCAUGUCAGAGAAGGAGGUCAAAGUUCCCCCGGUUCUGCAGCACCAGAUCCUCCAGCUGGCUCUGGACUUACCGGCCAACAAGUUCUCCUGGUUCCAAGUCCAGGAUGUUCCUGAUGCUGGAAAGGCCGCUGGUGAGAAAUCCGUGUUCUACCUGCUGCUCAAGAUGUUCGUAGACAGCAGCAUCGGUGCCUUAAAAGACUCCACCAGGUUGCUGAUCGUGAAGGUGUUGAGGGACAGUGGCAUGUUUGAGUAUACCUGGAGGGAGCUAGAGCUCUGGCUGGACCAUCUGGAUCGGCUGCCCAGGACGCAGCAGGAAGCCGUCGUCCGCUUCCUGGAGGCCGUUCUGGUGAGGCUCACCUCCAGCCCGUACAGCUACACGGACAAGGCGGCGAGCGUGGUUCAGGAUGCGGCCUCCCUGCAGGCCAGCCUGGGUGCCCAAGAAGGCGAUGCUGCCAGCAUCCCCAUCUCGCACAUCGACGACGCUUUGGACAUGAUGGACGUGAUGCUGGAGGGCCCUGAGGGUGAGGUGGAACAGCUGGGUCCGUCCCUCACUGAUGACCUCAUCCUGCAGACGUUCCCCUUCAGCGCGCUGGUGCCCGCUGCUCUGGAGACCAGGAACAGCCUCCCGCCUGCUUCUGCAGAGGAGAGAGGCGUGGUGUUGGCGUACCUGGCUGCCGUCCUCUCCGACGUGCUGCAUUGCCAGAGAGACCCCCUUCCACUCUGCCUGGCCCUGCAGCAGUACGACAAGCUGGUUUCUGGAAGCCCUCACCCUGCUGUGCUCGACUUCCACAGCUACUACAGUCGCUGGCUUCCUCCACAGGCUAAAGAAAAGCUGUUUAAGUCUGCGCCGGCCUCCCAUCCUGAUGAGUGGGGUCCCGACGGCACCUUCGUGGAGGCGAUGAAGAAGGCCUUCUGUGAUGGGCCCGAUGCCUGGCUGAGGAACUCUUUCGCCGACAGCCUGAAGGAGGCGCUCUUGAGUCUUGGGAUGGCCGAAUUCCCCGUGGCUGCCAAGCAAAUCCUGCUUUAUCUGAAAACCUCAGUGGAGACGUUUAGUGAGAAGUCCAAAGAUGCAGUGCUGGGCUGCCUACUGAAGGUGCUGGGGGCACUGGUGGAAAGACUUCAGGCCAUGGAGGCCACGGCGGACACUGCAGACACAGAGGCCACGGCGGACACUGCAGACACAGAGGCCACGGCGGACACUGCAGACACAGAGGCCACGGCGGACACUGCAGACACAGAGGCCACUGCGGACACUGCAGACACAGAGGCCACGCCGGACGCGGUGGCCAUGGACUCUGUGGGGGAGUCGGACCUGUUCCUGGAGACGGACGAGGCCGCAAGGCAGCGAGUCGACAAGAACCAGGUGCUGCUCUGCGUGCUGCAGUCUAUCUUGAAGCAUCCUACCCUUCAGUCCUGGUUCCUGGCUCUGGAGUUGGGUUCCUUGCCGGCUCACAGUCUGGACGCGGUCCGGGUGAAACUUGUUUGCAAACAGCUCACCAAGGGGGUUCUGGCUUUGCUGGUGCGCUGUGGCCCGACUCUCAGGGACCUGGGUUCUCUGGAGCUGAUGGCAGGCUACCUGGAAGCGGUCCGGGGGGCCCUGCUGAGGGAGCUGAACCGCAAGGCCAGGAAGUCGGUUCUGCAGGCCUCCUGGCCGCUGAAAGGGCUUCUGGCGCUUUACGGGUACAUGGAGGCGGCAGGCCUGAAGGAGGUGCUGUCCAGCCUGCUGCUCCUCCCCCCGGAGAGACUGUUGGCCAGUAAGGGUGAGGGGGCGGAGCUAAGUGCCUACGGGCAGGCCGCCGUGAGCAUCCUUUCUGAAGGAGCUGGUGACUGUGCUGCCCUCCUGUCGCAGGCCCACCUGCGUGCCCUGGCCUUUCUGCUGGCAUCCUCUCCCAGAGGCAGUGUUGCCGACCUCCUGCAGGGGGUGCUGUGCAGGGAGCCUCAGGCAGCGGCUCUGCUCCCGGGUGACCUGCUGCUACGCUGCCUGGACUGGGGCGACCCGGCGGGCCUUGCCAUCGGAACGGCCAUGCUCCGCGGCUGUGCUGCCCACCGGCUCCGAUUCGAGCUGUGGUGCCUGGAGCCCGCUAACCUGGAGCGGCUCUCGGGGGCCGUGGAGAGCUUCCUCCCCCUCCUCAACACGUACCUGACUGCUGCGAGCUCUGACGAGCCGACCAGACCCAAAGGAGUGCACACGGCUGUCCUCCAGUCCCUGAAGGCGGUCCUGCUUCCUGGCCUGGUUGAAUCUGUGCUCUCCAACGCAGCGUGUGACUCCCUGCCUGCCUGCACAGAGGCCCUCAGUAACCUCGUUAGACAGACCACGAAGGAGACAGAGCUUGCUGACCUCAUCCACCGCCUACCUGGCGUCCUGGAGCGGGCAGCCGGGUGCGAAAGGUGGAAGCUUGUGAGCUCCAUCAGCAACAUGCUGGCCGGCUCCCCGGAGCAGCUGGCCUCCUGGAGGAAGACCCUGCUCUCCUCUGCCCUCCAGUGGCUGAUCGCGACGUUUAGGAGCGCCAAAGAGCGAGAGGAGGAUGAAGAGGAGGCAGCCAUGCUGCUCAGAGUGCAAGAACUGCUGACUUCAGCAGAGCAGCUAAUUCUUCCUGACUGGAACAGUUUCAUCAAGGCUGGAUUGAAACACCGCUACAGGAGCUCAGCCUUCCUGGAGACCCUGAACAGCCUGCUGGGUCUGGUUUAUGGAGCCGACGAUGUCCCUGCUGACCUGCUCGCCUUACCCACCCUGCACAUGAUGAUCACCAGCCAUUCUCUCUUCCUGCCAUCGAUGCUGGAUGAGCAGCAUGCGCCCGGAGGAGGCUCUUCGGUGAAAGAGUUGCUGGUGUCACUCCUCCUCACCGUGGUGCAGAAGUGUCCCUCCGUCUGCCACAGCAGUCACUUCGUGGUCCUGCUCGGAGCUUACGGCGCAACCCUGAGUACUACAGAUCAGAGGAUUUUGCUGCUGCUGCGGCAGUAUGAGAAGAUCGGCGUGAGUCUGGCUCAGUCUCAGUUCCUCUUGUGGGGCCCCGCAGCUGUGGAGCACCACAAGGCCUGUAAGAGCCUGGGGCCGUCCCUGUGGCAGCAGCCCAGCGGGGAGGACCUCCUGGCCCUGCUGGAGCCAGACAGGAUGCUCAGCACUGUGGCACAUUACCCCCUGAACCGCCGCAUCAUUCCCUCAGAGGCCAAGGAGCUGAUUUACCGGGAGGAGGGUGCUGGCGACCUGGGGAGGCUCUAUGACCCCUGCUUUCUGCUGCCCCUCUUCAGCAUGCUGCUUAAGCCUGAGUCUGUGGUCAACUGCCACAAGUUUGUGUCCAGCCACGCCCUGGGUGUGACGGUAGCAGCGCUCAGCAGCUACGACGCCAAGGUCCGGGCUGCCGCCUACCAAGUGCUGGGCUCCUUCUACCACCACCUGGAGGCUGGGCGCUUCGCAGGGAAGAGGCAGCUGCUGUACCUGAUGGAUACCGUGAGGAAUGGCAUCCGGCAGGAGAACCUCCGAGUCCCCUUCCUGCUCACCACCUACGUGGACAAGGUGGCGCAGCAGAUGCUGAAACCUGAGGAGCACAUGUACCUGGUGAUCAACAGGUUCCUGCUUGCCCACCAAGACCUGGACUUGAAGAGGGUUCCGGCAUUCUUCAGGUUUUUCUACAGCUUUGACUUGGAGCACAAGGCAGAGCGCGAGUGGCUGCUCGUCGUGCUGCGCGAGGGCAUGAAGGACCGGUACUGCUAUGAGGUCUGCGAGCAGCAGGGCAUCUUCCAGGUGCUGCUGGGCUUCUGUGCCAAUCCGAUCUGCGACGAUGCCACCCGGGUUCUGAUCCUGGACGUGCUCCAGAAAGCCGCCCAUGUAACCAAAGCCGCCUAUGAGCUCAUCAAGAUUCACGGCCUUCUGACGUGGAUUCUGCAGCUGGUUGAGACAAGGUGCCUGGACGGCCGGCUGCUGUGUACAGCAGUUGACCUGGUCCACAGGCUCUGGUUCACCAACCUGGGGCAGAAGGAGAGCCCGGUACCUGAGGGCGGUCAGCCGGCCAAGUGCCUGCCCCUCCCGCUCAUCGGCGAGUUCCUGUGUGUCAUGCUGGCCCUAGUCAGACACCUACACGGCACUGUGAAGACCCCACAGCUGUUCCGCUUCCUCGAGGCACUGGCCUCCAUCUUCAGGCACCGUGGGAGGGCCCUCGGCGUCUGCCGUGCCGCUGGCUGGGUCACCGUGCACGAGCAGCCACUACCCUGCACUGCCGCCCUGGUGCUGCUGCACUGCUGGGCCUCGCUAUCCCGCAAUGCGCCGCUCCGUUCUGACCUGCAGGGGGUGCUGGAGCGCUGCAAGGUGAAGGAGCUGCUGGGAAUCGCGAAGGAAAGGGGGAGGAGUAAAGGUCACCUGCAGAGGGGUCGCCCCCGCGUGGAGCAAACUGCCGAGGAAGAGGAGGGAGAGGGGGCUGGGGUCGAGCAGGAGAGAGCCGCCCUUUCGGACUGCGACCCCCUGCUCAGGGACAUCUUCGUCCACGUGUCUGUGCUCCCCCCUGAGGACGGAGACCCCAACGCCGCCGUUCUCGCCGCUGAUGUGGCACGGCUGCUCCUCCGGUGGAUGCUGAGGUCGCUGGUGGCCGGGUCAGCGGACCCUGACGCCAUUUCACGCUUCCUGUGCUGGGUGCAGGCCUCCGUGCUCCAGUGCGAAUCAUCGGUAGCUGCGGCGCUCGCGGAGGAAGCGGUGAAGUGGGACUUCCUGAGGCUGUACCACCGGGCCUGUGAGCCGCCGCCCACUUCCCAGGACCCUGCCCGCCUGGAGACCCUCGGGCUGUUCACUGACGUCAUGGUACGACUGCUUCAGGUCCGGGGCGUUCCCGAAGGAGACCUGCAUCGCACCGUGCUCUCGGCAUGUCUGUCCACAGACGAAGAUGAUGCUUCCAGAAGAGAGGCUGGCCUCCUGCUGCUCUCGCUGUACGUGCGGGAGCUGUGGGCCGGCGCCGACCCACCGGGCCUCUUCCUGUGUCACGUGCAGCUGGUGGCUGGGCUGCAGCAGCAGGGGCUGAGGAGGCGCAGCGUGACUCAGGCUCCCGUCACAUCGCUGUGUCGCCGCAUCUCCUCAGCAGCGGCUUCUGGGCUGUGAUGGCGGCUCAGACGAUGUUUAUACCGUAUAAUGGAACUUCUUUUAAAUUCUCUAUCAAUUAUUAUUUUUUUAUCUUUCUUUGUCAUGUUUUGUUACCUAUUUUUGAGUUAUUUAAAGUGUAUUUGUAAAUUGUGUCAGUUGCUUGUGUAAAAUAUGCUCUUUUUAUAUAUUCUGAAUGAAUACAGACACCGAAGGUAAUACUCUGGAAUUUGUCUGGAAUCCAUUUUCCGGAACCUUCUGAAAUGACGUUUCUCAUUUUGCACGUGGUCAUUAUUAUACACUUCCCUUUAUCUAUAGCAUAGGGUGUUCUGAGUAAAUACUUUUCGCAAUCAAACAUUUUUAUUGAACAUGAAUCCUGCUUAUAAACAGCAAUUAGCAUUUUUGUAUCACAGUGGGAGACUCAUUCAGAUAAUGGUGCAGUUAAACUGGUCUUUCCAUCUUCUAGGAGCUGGAGUCGGAGACUCAUCUGAUAGCAAACGGCAGUUGGGGGUGGGUCAUGCAGACUGUUUUAUGCAUAGUUUAAGGUACAUCGCAGUGUAGCCCUGUGGAACGUCUGGGUUUCUGCUGUUUCACUGCAUUUUUGGGCAAAAGUUGCAAGGUUUUCACUAAUGGCACCGAUUUCAGAUUUCUGCACAUCAUAACUACUAAAAUACAAUACAUAAAUACUGCAGCCUGGUCACCGUUUACCUCAUUUCACAGAGAAUUAUCACAAUAUCACAGUCUGUGCACUUUUUUUUUUUUGGUUUCAAAAGUUUACAUUUUUGACUUGUCACUGUAGAUGAUAAAGACGGAAAGUCUUUCAACGCUUCCGCGUUACUUGGGACCGGCGUUAACAGUCAGACGCACAGCAGGAAGCCUCCCAACCCGCUAAGCCGCCUACCGCUGUCGGGUUUGAGACGAGCUGCGGGUGCUGCUGUGUUCCCUGGCGCAGAAUUAAAGGGCCUCGGAAAUCAGAGGCAGAGGUGAAGGAAAGAGGCAGAGCUGUUUUAAACGGCGCUCCGGUUGGUAAGCGGCCCCCGGAUCUUUGGCGGGCCGCUUACAUGGCACUUUUCCCAGCAUGCCUCAGCGCAGCGUAUGUGAAGGGCUCAGCGUCAUGCGCCUCCGGCAGAAUGUGUCCUCCGCGGGUGGAGUGGCGUGUCGGAACGACAUGCUCCGCCGCAGCGCCUGCCCCAGGCUGAUGGACGGCAGCCGGGCCCGCCAUCUGGGACCCUCUGGCUCUGACCUGCGCGCCUUAGCCGGGGGCAAGUUCUGCGAUGGUUUUUGAGCCACGGGGCAACUAGGUGGAAUGAAGUCUGGCACCGUCUUCAAGCCCGGGCUGUAGGUCUGGAAGACCGGGGGCACCGGGCAGGGUGGUGGACUGCUGUGCAUGAACCUGCACCAUGCGGCCUUGAUGCCCAGGGUCCUGAAGUGAGUCUUGGCGUUGGCAGGGAUGGGCUGCUGUUGGGGUCGGCCCUGAAGUGAAAUCCCAUUGGUCGGGGGAUACGUUUCCUGCCGCCUGAUUGGCCGAGGUGGGUCGAGACGCACAGGAUAGCUGUUCAGGUGUUCCAGAGCAGUCGAUAAAACUGUUCGGUGGACCAUGGUGACACAAAGACAAGAUGUCUUAUAUGCAGAAGACAUAGCAGCAAUACUGAACAUUUAAUAAAUUAUCUGAUAGUAUA